AUGGACUCGCCGUCUGUCGACACCCCUGAGGCUGGCACCCCAAAGCUUGGCGCCCCCAAGGACAAGAACUGCCCCUUCUGCGGCCAAGCCUUCACCUCUUCCUCGCUCGGCCGACACCUCGAUCUCUAUAUCAAACCCAAGAACCCGAAGGCGCCCGACGGAAUCCACGAUGUCGACGAAAUUAGAAAAUUGCGUGGAGGAAUCACAAGACGACAACCGCGGGGUUCCAUUGGUGGCAGACGAGAAUUUAGUGGCACUCCCACAGGAACACCCAGGACCUCCAAGAGGAAGGCAAGGACCGCCUCAAACCCCGACACCCCAAGGACCGCUCAGAUACCCAAGGACGGACAGUAUGCCGUGGACUCGACCCUGAGCAAGUUUCCAUUUGCCCCUCGGUGGGAAGCCACGGGCGUCAUCAACAACAUUCCAGCCAAGGACUCUGCCGACGGAGAGCCAAGAACAGAAACCACCAGCCGUCCAGCGGCCCGACGAACGGUCAGCAAGCAGAUGGUGCAAAAGGCUCAGUUUGACAUGAAGUCGAAGCUGGAAGAUGCCAUGGACACGGCUCGGGCUGCCGAGUUGGCUCUGCGAGAAAUUAUAGGCUCUUGGAGAUCUGCAAAGCAAGAAAUUGACAACAGCUCCAACCCUUUUGAUUUCGACCCAUUAUCUCUGGACUUCCCGGCCCUCACGCUGCAAUGUCUGAAACCGCCACCUACACUGUUCUCGUCAACCCAACACGCAACUUCGACAUCAUGGUCUGUUCAGUCGCCCGGCCAGCGCGAAUUCGGUGCCCUUGAAGCUUAUUUUGAAGAAGCCUUCAAAGCCUGGAAAAUCACUUGCGCUUCCGCAACCACAGCCGUCACGGAAGAAUUGGUCACAUUACCAACCGGGAAAUCCGCCUGGAACGUUCGAGAUGCUGUCCAAAAAGCGGAACAGUCCGCUGCAUCCCUCGAAAAGCAAGUCAGCGAGCAUCUGCAGUCUGCCUUUGCAGCCUGGGAAUCACUAGCUGAAGAGCGCCGAAACGAGCUCUGGGUGCUAGAACUGGCACGGGGUGUUGGCAGAAAGCAAAAGGAAAUUGACAAGCUCAAGGAUGAACAGCACCGCCUUAAACAAGAGAAUGCCAGUUUGAAGAGCCACAACGAUCAAUUAACCAAACUCCAGCAGCCCCGCGAGUUCAAGCUCCUGUCACCCACCACAUUCCCUGUGCGGCAAGAUUUACUCCUCAAGGCCUACGGAGCAGGGGUGGAAGGUGCUAAGAGUAUUGGGUUCGAUGUGGAAGACAGGCAGUUCGAUCUUGCUACCGUUGUUGCGAAUUCGAUCGGUCGAUGGAAAAAAGUCAUUACUUCUACUCGAGCUUCUUCUUCAGGCAUGAGUGCACAAAAGCCCUUGGAGACUACCGAAAGCCCUACCGCAUCAGCCAGUGCGCCAAGCCCGGCCCAAUCCCAGCAAGCGGCGUCUCAGAAGCCGUCAUUGUCAGAGUCCACUCCGAGACCCUCUCAAGAGAAUCGAUUAUCCAUGGCCAGCACAAAUGAUCAAGAGAGCGAGCACACGGCGCAGUCAACCACCAACACCGCCCCGCCGUCCGUGUCUGAAACGAGUGAUCAGGACGCCGAUGCCGACGAGGACGCUGAUGCUGACGAAGACGCUGAUGCUGAUGAGGACGCUGACGCAGAGAUGGAAGACGACGACGGCUUCACCAUGAUGGAUACUUCCUCUGCAAAGCACCCGCAGGCCCCCAUGCAGCAACAGGCCCAGCUCGACGUACCAAGAACACGCGCUCAGGCUCAGCACAAUUCUGGCGAUAUGCGCUUCAUGAUGCCCAAUUCCAGCGCCGGCCCAGCCUCGCGCAAUGCCAUGGCAAUGAGUCGGUCUAUGCCUGACAUGGCCAUGGCCAUGUCUUCUAGUGCAAUGCAGGAAAUCGGAAUGGCUAUGCAAGGCGUCCGAGGGGACAUAUAUAUGGAGUGA